CUGCUAGGUGACCAGCCUGUUCUGUACAUCCAUUGUAUUUUUAGGGUCUCAAGACUCUCAACUUCGGAUCUCUGGUUUCUACCAAAAAAUAAAAUAAAAAUCCGAUCUCUGGUAGAAGCUGCUUGGAGGAGACGAGCGUAGAUAUGGGUUUGAAGGAAGAGUUUGAAGAGUCUGCUGAGAAAGCAAAGACUCUGCCUGAGAGCACAACUAAUGAGAACAAGCUGAUUCUCUAUGGGCUUUUCAAGCAAGCAACUGUUGGACCAGUGAACACCAGCCGACCUGGGAUGUUCAGUAUGAAGGAGAGGGCAAAGUGGGAUGCAUGGAAGGCAGUGGAAGGAAAAUCGAAGGAUGAAGCCAUGAAUGAUUACAUCACCAAGGUGAAGCAGUUGCAAGAAGAAGCAGCUGCCUCUGCUUGAUGUUUAUUUCAAGGUCAUGAACUGAAAAAUCAAACUGGGCAGUUCUUAGUUAUGUGUAUGAUGGAGAAUGUCAAGGCACUUGAAAUCAAUAUGGUAGACACUGUUACUUGUAGCUAGUGGAAUUUCUACUAUUUUCUUGAA